AUGGAGCCAUCCUCUAGACCCACCACCGGUCGGCCACGGACCGGUCGCCCCACCACUGGCCGGCCCACUACGGGCCGACCUGGGACCCGGGCAGGCACAUCGUCGGGCCGCCCUGUGACACGCGGCGCCGGCCAGCCGCAGCAGUACUAUGACGAGCACGAAGAGGAGGAGUGGGACGAGGAAGAAGACUACGAGAGCGAAGACGACGGCGAUGUAUUUGCCUUUGUUCCGCCCGAUCUUGGGCCUGCCCCCGAGCUCCAGAGCAACCCUCUGGAUCCUUCGCUCGACAAUGGCCAGGCGAAUGCGGCGCAUCCCUCGCAGCAGCAGCCGCACAGUCAAGCGCCGUCUCCGGCCGAAGAAGAGGCCUACUACUUUGACGAGGCCACGGGGGCUGUCUAUGACUCCCAGGGCAGGCUAGUCCAGAUGCCGUCCGACUUCGACCCUUCUACGCUGAUGGAGUCGACAGCCACCGCCGAUCACGCCCGGGGCUCGCGCGUGUCGGGCGCCACCAUGAUCGAGGAGCUGCGGUCGCCGGACGGCGCGCCUGCUUACCGGCAGAACCCGGGGCCAGAUACCUCCGGCGAUCUGCAGAGGCCGGCGCGGGCCUCGACCGACAAUCGCUCCUACGACUCCACGAGCACUGCCUCCCGCGACGUGAGCGGCGCCCCACUGACGCUGGCCAAGUCCUACGCCGCGUUCCCGUCGAUGGACACGCUGCCCGAGGUGGACUCGACGCCGGCGAGCCGGGAUAGCAGCUACCGCAACUCGCUCCUCGCCGGGCGCAAGGAUCUCGGCACGACGGCCAGCGGAGGCAUCACCGUCGACCGCCAGGUGCCCAUGCAAGCCGUGCGGCCAGGCACCGCCGACCGCCGGGCCGCGGCGUUUGAGUCGCACGUCCACCAGCUGCGGCGUAGCCCGGACAGCGAUGUCAAGUACCCGCUCGACUCGGGCGACUACACCUUCGAGAUCGACCCCACCGACAAGCUGCACCGCAUCAGCAUCGAUGACGGCGCCGGGCUCGGGCGCGGCGACGGCCUUGCCCACCCGCACAUGGAGGGCAUCGAGAUGGGCUCCCACGGCAUGCGCAUGGUCGAGCUCGAGAUGGAGAUGGAGGAGGACUCGCCGUACCCUGAAGUGCGCGCCUCGGUCUCCAACAUCGACGACCCGGACAUGCCCGUGGCCACGUUCCGCACAUUUUUCAUCUCGUUCCUCCUCACCGUCAUCACGGCCGGCGGCAACAUGUUCUUCAGCCUGCGCUAUCCGGCGCCGAGCUUCUCGAGCACCAUUGUGCUGCUGGUCGCCUACCCGAUCGGCAAGCUGAUGGCCGCCGUCCUGCCCUACCGCGUCUUUACCCUGCCCCGUCUCUUUGGCGGCUACCAGUGGUCGCUCAACCCGGGCGUCUACAACAUCAAGGAGCACGCGCUCUGCUCGAUCAUGGCCAGCGUCGCCAUCCAGCAGGCGUACGCGUUCAACGUGCUCAUCGUCGAGGACUCGCCGCUCUACUACAACGAGCCCAAGGGCGUCGGCUUCGCCAUCCUGUUUGUCCUUAGCUCGCAGCUGAUCGGCUUUGGCCUGGCCGGCAUCUGCCGCCGCUUCCUCGUGUGGCCCGCGUCGAUGAUCUGGCCCCAGAACCUCGUGGCCGCCACCAUCCUCAACACGUUCCACGCCGAAGAGGACGGCGCCGACGGCUCGAUGACGCGCUUCCGCUUCUUCACCAUCGCCUCGAUCGCCGCCUUCUUCUUCUACUUUGUGCCCGGCUUCCUCUUCCAGGGCCUCUCGGUCUUCAACUGGGUCUGCUGGAUCUUCCCGACAAACGUCCCCGUCAACGUCGUCUUCGGCGUCGCCUCGGGCCUCGGCUUCAGCCUGCUCACCUUCGACUGGACCCAGAUCUCGUGGAUCGGCUCGCCCCUCGUCAUGCCCUGGUGGGCCGAGUGCAACAUCUUUGCCGGCUUCGUCGGCUUCUUCUGGAUCAUCGCGCCCGCUAUGUACUUCACCAACACGUGGUUCCAGGCGUACCUGCCGUUCAACUCGUCGUCGUCGUUUGACCGCUUCGGCCAGUCGUACGACAUUGCCCGGGUCAUUCCCGACGGCCGCGAGCUGGACCGCGCCGCCUACGAGGCCUACUCGCCCCUCUACCUCUCCACCACCCUCAGCCUCGUCUACACGACCGGCUUCGCCACCAUGACGGCCGUCCUCACCCACACCGCCCUGUACCACGGCAAGGCGCUCGUGCGCGGCUUCAAGCGGAUCAAGACCGAGGAGGACGACGUCCACGCCAAAUUCAUGCGCCACUACCCCGAGUGCCCCGACUGGUGGUACGCCGUCCUCUUCCUCGGCUCCUUUGCCCUCGCCGUCAUCAUGAUCGAGGUCUACGACACGGGCAUGCCCGUCUGGGCCCUCCUCAUCUCGGUCCUCAUCCCCACCGUCUACAUCCUGCCCAUCGGCUUCGUCUACGCCAUGACCGGCCAGGCCAUCGGCACCAACCUCAUCGCCGAGUUCGCCGCCGGCUACCUGAUGCCCGGCAGGCCGCUGCCCAACAUGAUCUUCAAGGCCUUCGCGCUCCAGGGCCUCCUCGGCGGCCUCGUCUUCGUCCAGGACCUCAAACUCGGACACUACAUGAAGAUCCCGCCCCGCCUCACGUUUGCCGCCCAGCUCAUGGGCACCGUCCUCGCCGCCUUUGUCCAGCUCGGCGUCAAGGAGUGGAUGUUUUCCAACAUCUCCAACAUCUGCGACCCUUCGGAGCCGCACCGCUUCACCUGCCCGCACAUCAGCGUCUUCUACACGGCGUCGCUCAUCUGGGGCGUCAUUGGGCCCGACCGCAUGUUUGGACACGGCGCCAUCUACCAGCCCAUCUACUACGCCAUGCUCUUUGGCGCCCUCAUCCCCAUCCCCUUUUGGCUCCUCUCGCGGCGGUACCCGAGGAGCUGGGUGCGCAACAUUUCCUGGCCCGUCAUCCUCACCGGCACCAGCUACAUCCCGCCCGCCACCGGCAUCAACUUUUCCUCGUGGUUCGCCGUCGGAUUCAUCUUCCAGUACCUGCUUCGCCGCUACAACUUCCGCUGGUGGUCCAAGUACAACUUUGUCCUCACCGCCGCCCUCGAUUCCGGCACCAUCUUCUCGAUCCUCGUCAUUUUCUUUGCCCUCUCGCUGCCCAAGAACGGCACCCUCUCGCUCAACUGGUGGGGCAACACCAUCUUUCAGCAAAACUACGACGCCAUCGGCCAGCCGCUCAAGAUGCCACCUCAGGAAGGCUUUGGCACCCUCCCCCGCUUCUGA